AUGGGUUACGGUGAAUUGAAUAAUCCAGACAUAAAGAGUAGUAGUAGUAGUAGUAGGCUGGCCAUUAGUUCCGGUGUCAUAACCAGUAGCCGGAGUAGAAGACCACAGCCAACACCGGCGGCUUCCGGGACAAGUACCAAGUUAUUAACAAUGGCAAGAAACCGUAAAAACGCUAUGUUGUUAUCUUUGAUCACUCUAGUUGCUUUGGGAACAUUAGCUCAAGUCUUUGGGCCGUUGCCCCCUUCUUCUUCAUCCUCAUCAUUCUUCCCUCAUUCUGAUGAAUUCAUCAAGGAUUCCACCCACAUCAGGAAAAGGAAUCAUGGUCCUAGGUUUGAGAUUGCUGAAGAUAAGUUCUGGAAGGAUGGGGAACCGUUCAGGAUUAUUGGUGGAGACUUGCAUUAUUUUCGGGUUCUGCCUGAGUACUGGGAAGAUAGAUUGACGAGAGCAAAGGCGUUGGGCCUGAAUACAAUUCAAACUUAUGUUCCAUGGAAUUUACAUGAACCGAGACAGGGUGAAUUGGUUUUUGAGGGCAUUGCAGAUAUAAUUUCGUUUCUGAAACUCUGCCAGGAAUUGAAUUUGUUGGUUAUGCUUCGACCUGGGCCUUAUAUAUGUGGAGAGUGGGAUUUCGGGGGCUUUCCUCCUUGGUUAAUUGCCAUAGAACCAGUUGUCAGAUUGAGAUCAUCUGACCCUGCUUUUCUUAAAUUUGUUGAAAGCUGGUGGAACAUACUACUUCCAAAAGUUACUCCUCUCCUAUACACUAAUGGUGGCCCUAUAAUUAUGGUACAGAUUGAAAAUGAAUUUGGUUCAUAUGGCGAUGACCAAACUUAUCUGCAUCAUUUAGUCAAAUUAGCAAGAGGACACCUAGGGAAAGAUGUUAUUUUGUAUACUACUGAUGGAGGUUCAAGAGAAAAUCUAGAGAAAGGAACAAUCGCUGGAGAUGCAGUCUUUUCAGCCGUGGACUUCACAACUGGAGAUGACCCAGGGCCCAUAUUUGAGCUUCAAAAGAAGUUCAAUGCUCCAGGGAAAUCACCAUCCCUCUCUGCUGAAUUUUACACAGGUUGGCUUACACACUGGGGUGAGAAAAUUGCUAGCACAAGUGCAACUUUCACUGCAAAUUCCCUGGAAAAGAUCCUGUCAUUGAAUGCAUCUGUGGUGCUCUAUGUAUGGUUCUAA